AUGCCUUCAGAAAAUUUUAUUGUCGCAACACGCGCGCACUCUAGCAAAACGCAGAAUGGAAUGCUAAAGGAUGUUGGAGUGUAUAUCCAUGAGAUCCAGCCAGAGUGCACAAUUCGCUCAAGCUUCAAGAAAGGUUCGGCACAUCCCAAUUCGCUUGCUGCAAAUUCUUCACAUAUUUUUGUUGCUCAGGCAGAUAAAGCUAUCGUUAAUGUCUACUCUCGCGAAAAAGGUAACCUUGAAGCGCUAGUUUCUUUUCCUGAAAGGGUACACAGCCUCGCUAUAGCGGGAGAAAGCAUCGUAGCGGUAGGAUUGGCAGAAGGGAGAAUAAUCCUAUGGGAGGUUUCAACUGGGAAACAGGUCUCAACCUCAGCUGCUCACUUACAGAUAGUAGACUCACUAGCAGCAACUGAUCUACAUAUUUUGAGUGGCUCCACCGACUCCAAUAUACAUGUUUGGUCUAUUCCGCAACUUUUAGGCAUACCUUCCAAUGAAACACAAGAGCCAUUGCGCUGCUUCUCCAAUCAUCAAGCGGCCAUUUCAAGCAUGGUUUUGGGUCACAGUAUAGGAAAUUCAAAUAUCUGUGUCUCGAGUAGUGUGGAUAGCACAAUAAUUGUUUGGAACUAUCUCUCUGGACAAUUAUUACGAACCUUUUUGCUACCAAAGAUCCCACUCUGCUUAGGACUAGAUCCUUGUGACAGAGCUGUAUUCGCAGGCUUGGAAGAUGGGUCGGUUCAAAUGAUAGAGUUCCUGACCCUAGAUUCGGUCAAAAAUCCUCUCUACGACAUUGAACUCCAGGCUACUCCAGUGCAAGUAAAAUCUACACCUUGGAACCCCCCUAUCGACGCUGGAUCGGCGCUUGCUAUAAGUUUGAGUUAUGAUGGAACGUACCUCCUUACCGGCCAUGAAUCCGGAAAAGUCUACCGAUGGGACACAGGAAAUCGCCGCUUUGCUUCUGAAUGCGUGGAUUUUAGCUCCCCGGUAACCAACUUAAAGAUAGAGUUACCUUUCCCUAAAAAAAAGAAUCUUAAGAUAUGCGUCGUUUCCAAGCCAAAGCUAACUGAACAAAACUACACUCUCAACUCCCAAUUUAUCCAACCCUUGACGACAUCACGGUUCGAUCAGACGGUAUCAUCAUAUGGAUUUCCACGAGACGUAUUAGAAAGAGCAAUCUCGCAACUCUCCACGACCUCGCAAGCUUCUGUAUCCACCGAAAAUCAGCUUAAGAAGGAGAACCAAGAACUUUGGAAAAUUAUCAACGAACAGCGAGCAGUUCAGAAAGCUACAUGGGACAAAUAUAACUCACUCCGUACAGGGGAUACCUAG